ACUAAAAUUGACUGUAUAGAGAUCUCGAACUCAACGAUCGGAAAUCAUGGCGACGGUAGGAUUGGCGCCCGGGCUGUCGAGGAAGCUGAAGAAGGUGUUAGAAUCGAGGACCGACACUCCCGAUUUGCUUGCCUCCCUCAACACUCUCUCCACGUUUUACACCGACAACACUCCCCAGGCACGUCGGAACCUUAGAUCUACUAUCGAAAAGCGUUCACUCUCCAUCAAUCUCGACUUCCUUCAGGCCGCCCUUCCUGCUCAACAGGCCUUGGAUCGCGUCGAGGAGGAAGUCAAUGCACUCGCUGAUUGCUGCGACAAAAUCGCAAAUGCCUUGAGCAGUUGCAGUAGUAAAACCGGCGAUAUAAUCAGCACCACCGAGAGGCUUAAGCAAGAGCUGGACGUCACUACGCAGAGGCAAGAGAUUGUUUCGUGUUUCCUUCGAGAUUACCAGCUCUCUAAUGAAGAGAUAAGUGCAUUGAGGGAUGAAGAACUGAAUGAGAAUUUCUUCAAGGCACUGUCUCAUGUUCAAGAAAUUCAUGCCAACUGCAAAGUUCUGCUAAGGACGCAUCACCAGCGUGCAGGUUUGGAGCUGAUGGAUAUGAUGGCAGUGUACCAAGAAGGAGCCUAUGAGCGCUUAUGCAGGUGGGUUCAGGCAGAGUGUAGGAAAUUGGGAGACACUGAUAAUCCAGAAGUUAGUGACCUCUUGAAAACAGCAGUGCGCUGCCUCAAAGAGAGGCCUGUCCUUUUCAAGUAUUGUGCAGAAGAGGUGGCAAAUAUGAGGCAUAAUGCAUUAUUUAGAAGGUUUAUAAGUGCUCUCACACGUGGAGGACCUGGGGGACUUCCAAGACCAAUAGAAGUGCAUGCCCAUGAUCCCUUGCGAUAUGUAGGAGAUAUGCUAGGGUGGUUACAUCAGGCCUUGGCAUCUGAGCGAGAACUUGCCCUUGCGUUACUUGAUCCUGACGCAGUAGUGGAUACUGGUUCAACUGCAAGCAGCCGGUUUUCCAAGAGCUUGGAUAAUGAGUCUGCAAAUACAGAAAAUGACUUAACAUUUGUUCUGGAUAGAAUAUUUGAAGGGGUUUGCCGCCCAUUUAAAGUGAGAGUUGAACAAGUUUUGCAGUCGCAACCUAGUCUUAUAAUUUCAUAUAAACUCUGUAAUACACUGGAGUUUUACAGCUACACAAUAUCAGAUUUGCUUGGGAGGGAUACCGCACUCUGUAAUACUCUUUUGGCACUCAAGGACGCUGCUCUGAAAACAUUUUUUGAAAUACUAAAAAUUCGAGGAGAAAAGCUUUUACGCUAUCCUCCCCUUGUUUCUGUUGAUCUUUCUCCACCACCAGCAGUUAGAGAAGGUGUCUCCGUACUGCUUGAAAUAAUUGAGACCCAUAAUAGCAUGAUGGUUUCUGCUUCUGGCAAAUCUUUUGAUCCUGUGAUAUCUGCUUUAUUGGAUCCUAUCAUUCAGAUGUGUGAGCAAGCGGCAGAGGCUCACAAGUCCAAGGUAAGUGGACACUCUUUGAGAAGAAACAGAACAAGUUCUGAUUCAAGCCAAAUCACUAAAUCACCUGUCGAUGCAAUUCUGACAAAUAGCAAUACUGGCCCGUCUUCUCAGAACAGUGAAACACCUGCUAAAAUCUUUCUCAUCAACUGCUUGUGUGCCAUCCAACAACCGCUGAUUGGGCAUGAGGUUGCUGCUGAAUAUUUGAAGAAACUUGGAGCAAUGAUAGAUAAUCACAUGCAUGCUCUUGUGGAAAAAGAAGUUGAUGCCAUUUUAAGAAGAUGUGGCUUGUCACAAAAGAUGCAUCACUUCCGUGGCGAGGAUUCCAGUGGGGCCCCACUAUCAGAGAUGGAAGACACAUCUCCAACCUCUCUUUCAGAGUGUUUGAGGGCUUUCUUUGGGCUAAUCUUGGGAAGUGACAGUUCUCUCCCAGAAUUUGAGCAGUUGCAGGUUCCUAAAUUGCGUUCCGAAACCUGUGUUCAGGUUGCUAAGUCUCUGGCUGAAGCUUAUGAGUCAAUUUAUGAGGCUCUUAUGGAUCCCAAGAAUGGCUACUCGGACCCCAAGUCACUGGCAAGGCAUCCUCCAGACCAGAUAAGGACUAUUUUGGGAAUAUGAAUAUCAAUGAAUAUAUAUAUAUGUAUUCUUGUAGUUAUUGUAGUUGUUCAUUUGCUGGGUUCAAAACAAUGGAUUUGUGAUUGGCUGUGAUGUAUUCGUCAACAUUCCCAAUUAGCUUCUAUAUGGAAUAAAAAACUUUUUCGUUGUUGUUUCUUGUUCAA